GAUGGGUAUUGCGCAUGCUCCAGGCCUCGCCUGUUUCCGACUCAGGUCUCGCUCUGUCCUGCUGUCCCGAGCCAGCGGCUCGAGCACCGGGGGCCGGUUGGACAAAACUGCUCUGUCUCAUGUAAAUGGCGUCCGAUACCAGUGACGCUGAAGAGUUUUACGAUGCGGCGGAAGACGUCCAGUCGGUGCCAUCUCCGGCCUCGUCACCCAAAAAGGUCAUUACCUCUGCUAAGGUUCUGGAGGAGCCAGAAGAAGAAUACCCACCGAAGAGUCAGCUAACAGCUGAACCCUCAGAGACUAGUGAAGAGGAAAACAUUUUUAAAAAAGACCAGGUUGUAGUUUGUGCAUCAGCUGAAGCUGAUCUGCUCAGCAACAUAUCUGGGCUAUUAACCAUUGAUCAGCCAUUGUGUAAAAAGCCAAAGGACUUGACAGAGCAAAGCAGUUCAAAUGUACAGACUGAGCAGACAAACCUGUCAGAUACGCUGCCAUCUUCAGAAACUGUCACAGCAGUGUCACUGAGUGAUGGGAAUGAAACACCAUCAGAGUUUGUGAGUAGUUUGUGUUUGGAUAAGUGCAGUGAAGAGUCUUUUAUGUCAUCACAACAAGAAGUGGAUAAAGCUGAGGACGUCAAAGAGGUCAGGAAAGCGGACAUCUUGGAACACGUUUCUGCAGAAUGUUUCCCUCUCCAUGAUGUUAUGUCCUCUGAGGAGCUGCAGCAGAUGAAUGUAGAACCUGACAUAGUAGCUAGCACAAAGAAACCCACACCAAUGCGCCCACCUCCACCAGCUUCAAGUGUCCCUCCUCCGAGGCCACCACCACCUGCGCGGCCUGCUCCUCCUCCUCGAAAGAAGAAAAGUGAAACUGCCUUGGAUGUGCAUGGUUCUUUAGGUCUAGAAGUUCCCACAGAUUAUGUUGCAUCCAGUGGAUUAGUGAGUCCCAACACUGCUGUAGAGAAUCUAGCUAAAGAACUGCAGCACUCAUUAGAUCUUGCAAGUGCAACCAGUGGAGACAAAGUUGUUACUGCACAGGAAAAUGGGAAAGGGGCUGGAGAAUCGACAUCUGGCAUUCCUGAAACUGAGAUAAUAGGACCGCAAAGACCAAGAUCAAACUCUGGAAGAGAACUCACUGAUGAGGAAAUUCUUGCGAGCGUGAUGGUGAAGAACCUAGAUACUGGAGAAGAGAUCCCUUUGAAUAUGGCUGAGGAAAAACUUCCUAAAGGCCUGAACCCACUGACAUUGCACAUCAUGCGCCGAACAAAGGAAUAUGUAAGCAAUGAUGCUGCACAGUCAGAUGAUGAAGAAAAGAUUCAUUCGGCUCAAUCUGAGCAAGAUGGCCAUAAAAUCAAACAGAAAACCAAUCAAUUUAAGAAAUUUUUGGGUAAAUCAGUGAAGAGAGCCAAACAUCUUGCUGAAGAGUAUGGUGAAAAAGCUGUAAAUAAAGUUAAGAGUGUCCGAGAUGAAGUUUUCCAUAUGGAUCAAGAUGAUGCUUCUUCUAGUGAUGAUGAAGGGAUGCCUUACACAAGACCUGUCAAGUUUAAAGCAGCCCAUGGCUUCAAGGGACCUUAUGACUUUGAUCAGAUUAAAGUAGUUCAGGAUCUAAGCGGAGAGCACAUGGGUGCUGUAUGGACAAUGAAAUUUUCACACUGUGGCCGUUUACUUGCAACAGCUGGUCAAGACAAUGUUGUACGAAUAUGGGUUUUAAAAAAUGCUUGGGACUACUUCAAUAACAUGAGAAUGAAAUACAACACUGAAGGUCGUGUGUCACCAUCUCCAUCACAAGAAAGCCUGAAUUCUUCAAAGUCUGACACUGACACGGCAUGUAGCGGAACAGAAGAGUCUGAUCCUGAAGACAAAAAUGCACCAUUUCGGCAGCACCCAUUUUGUAAAUACAAGGGACAUACUGCUGACCUUUUGGACCUCUCGUGGUCAAAGAACUACUUUUUGCUGUCAUCUUCAAUGGACAAAACUGUGCGAUUGUGGCAUAUUUCGAGGAGGGAAUGUCUGUGCUGCUUUCAACAUAUAGACUUUGUCACAGCAAUAGCUUUUCACCCAAGAGAUGAUAGGUACUUCUUAAGUGGAUCACUUGAUGGUAAACUCCGUUUGUGGAAUAUACCUGACAAGAAGGUAGCAUUGUGGAAUGAAAUUGAUGGGCAAACAAAACUAAUAACAGCAGCAAACUUCUGCCAAAAUGGCAAAUACGCAGUGAUUGGAACUUACGAUGGUAGAUGCAUCUUCUAUGAUACAGAGCAUUUGAAGUACCACACACAGAUACAUGUGCGCUCGACCAGGGGGAGAAACCGAGUUGGGAGAAAAAUCACAGGCAUUGAACCAUUACCUGGUGAGAAUAAGAUCCUUGUGACCUCCAAUGAUUCAAGAAUUCGCCUAUAUGACCUUAGAGAUUUGUCCAUUUCAAUGAAAUAUAAAGGCUAUGUUAAUAGCAGUAGCCAAAUCAAAGCAAGUUUUAGUCAUGAUUACACGUAUAUAAUAAGUGGAUCUGAAGAUCGAUAUUUAUACAUUUGGAGCACUUACCAUGAUGUCAGCAAGUUUACUUCAGUGCGAAGAGAUCGCAAUGAUUUUUGGGAAGGGAUUAAAGCACAUAAUGCAGUUGUCACUUCAGCAAUAUUUGCAUCAAAUCCAAGUCUGAUGCUGUCUGAUGCUCCACAAUCAGAAAAAACAGAGGGCAAUGGUAUGAGCAUCGAUACAGAUCCUAUACCUUCUGGUGCAUUGAAAUCAGAUAUCACCGAAGUACUCUUGUCUGCUGAUUUCACUGGAGCGAUCAAAGUUUUCGUCUGUAAAAAGAAGAACUAAUUGCUUUAUAACAACGUGUUGAAUGUUUUAUCUUAUCCGUUGAAAGCACCUGGGCUUUUAAUUACCAUUGGAUUGAAGCAGGAAUCAAAGUAUUCUAAUGGCCAACAAUGUUGUUCAUUUUAUGAACCUCAGUAUUUAACAUGGAGUUGGAUGUUGGAGAAUUGUUUUGGUAGCAAGCCAUAUAGUUGUUAGUGGUGGAAUCUGCAGAAAUAAUUGUAAAUAUCCUUAUGUUUGGGAGUUAAAGGAGAAAACUAGACUAUUAAGUUCCUCUUUGUCCAAGUACAGUAUUGUAAUGUUUAUGCAUUGAAGUUGUAGGUGUGUACAGGCUCUUGUCUGGGAAUCAGUUAUUAGGUUUCCUGCUUCAAAGAAUGUAAAUUUAUUCCAUAGCUCAUAGUGUGUCUUGUAAGAGCUAAUUAAAAAUGAUUCUGACAACCCUACUGAUGGCACAUACUAAUACUGAAGGCUGUAGAAGGCCAUUCUGUUCCUUGGGGCUGAACUGGUUGAAAAUAAAAUAUAUGCAUUCGUAUAACUAGAACUGGGGAGUUCCAUUUUAGAAACUGAUGCCAAGUCAAACUAAUCAUUUGGAAGUACAGCUAAUCUAUUUGUCCACUAAUGGAAAUGGGCACUUGACUUAGGGGUGGGAGGGUGGGGACAAGUUUGGACAAGCUGUUGCAAAACUUAAAUUGCAUUCUUUUCAGAGUGCAGAGACACUGGUUAUCUGGCUACAUUCUGUCCUUCAUUUUGUAUGUUCAAUUAUUGCAGUUUCCCUUUUUUAAAUUUCAUGUUCCACUUUACAGGUGUCAAAUUUACUUUUGUUUUUUGCCAAAUAUUGUUUUACCAGAACUGGGCGGAAUUAAUCUUUGACUGAUCUUUUAUUAUAUUGCGUUGUAUUUUGAUCAUUUGAUGUUAAACUAGUGUGUAUAUUGAAGUCUUGAGUUGGAAUUUUUGUGGUAAAUAUUGUAGAGAAAAUGUGUACUAUUGCAACACAAGGCUGUCAAAUAGGAAAGUGUGUAAAUAAGACAAUUCUAUACCAAUGAAAUAACAUUUCUGGAUCUAUGGUGCUAGAAAAUGUUGUUGAUGGUUUUAAAGGUCUGAAAUAUGCAAAAUGUAUGAAUAAAGGUUGCUCA